UAUCUAAAAUGCUGCCUCUUCCUUUCAUAACACUAUCAUCUGAUCCAGGCACAGUGUGUAAGAUGGUGAAACAGCCAGUUAAACUCCAUGACAGCUUUUCACGCAGUGCAUGAGGGCUAGCCCAGCCUAGCCCAGCCCCUAGAGCCCUGUGUGUUUCUUUUGUUUUCUAUGAAUCUGAGAAGAAACUGACGAUGGAGUUGAAGAGUUAGUAAAUGAAGCUGGUUUAUUAGAAUGGCUGGUUAAGAUGUUCUCAGAAUACAGGAUUCAUCCAGCUCUGCUUCACCUGCUUUACUGUCUGCUGUGCUCAGGUGGAGAAGAGGUUGUUAGACUGCAGGAGCUGGAGGGAAACACUGUAACCAUCCAUACUGGAUUAACUGGAGUUCAGAGUGAUGCUCACAUACUGUGGUUCUAUAGAUCUGAGAGUGUAGAUAUAAAGAUAGUGAUCAGUCAGAUCAUUAGAGGAGAGAUUAUUACAGACUAUUACAGUGAGAGAUUCAGAGACAGACUGCAGCUGAACAGAACCAGUGGAUCUUUAACCAUCAGGAACAUCAGCAGAGAAGAUUCUGGAGUUUAUAAACUACAGAUCAUUACUGGACAUCAGUCAGUCUGGAGUUUCAGUGUUGAUGUCUAUGCUUCAGUAUCAAAGCCGUUCAUAAGAAAUCAGACUGAAAAGUGCUCAGUGAGUCUCAGAGAGUCGUUUUCUUUCCUGUGCUCUGUGGAGAACGGGAAGGAUGUGAGUUUGUCCUGGUAUGAAGAGAAAGAGCGAAUCUCCAGCAUCAGCAGCUCAGAUUCCAGUGAACAUCUUCAUCUUCUUCUGAAUAAAACCAACCCAAACUGUUCUACUUACACCUGUGUAGUUGCUAAUCCAGUUAGUAAUCAGACAGCCCAGCUCGACAUUAUAAACAUCUGCUGUAAAUCAGUCUCAGGUCAGAAUGUUAAGAGAGAUCACUUCAAAUCACUGGCUGCUCUUGGCCUCUUUGUGGCUCUUUCAUUAUUGUUUGUGUGGUUCUGCAAAAAGAAGAAAAAGAAACAAGAUUCUGAAGACGCUGAUCUGAAUUACACUGAAGUAAAAACCCUAACUCGGAAUUCAAGGGCAGCUCCUGAGAUAAACAGAGCUGGAAUGGCAGAAGAAGACCACAGUGGCUCAGUGGAUUAUUCAGAGAUCAGACAUUAACUGUAUUUCAGCAGCUGUAUGUCCUUUUUUUAAUUAUGUUUUACAUUAUUUGCAGAUAGCUGCCUUGUUUUGAUCAGUAUUGGCCAAACUUGUCGUUUACUGUGUGAGCGCUCACCCAAUCCAUUUCUGUAUUUAUGCUGUGUUUAUUGUUUAUGAAUUUUAUAAAAACAUCUCAGUCUGUGCUGGUAUUAAAUUAUAUUUUAUGUCUUUGUA